AUGCCGAAGCAACCCCCUCCUCUCCCUCCCCUCACCCAUCACCAAAGCAGCUCAGGAAGGCGCCUGCCUCGUUUGUCUCCAGGAAGGUGCACAGCAAAAGCCUCCCAGGAGGGAGAGAUCCCUGGAGGGGACCAGGGAUCCUGGGCAGCCUCAGGGACAGCCUGCAGCCCACUUUCCAGAGGAGCCACCCUGAAUGCAGCCAUGCCGCUCCCCCUUGCCUGCUGCCAGGACGGGGAAGUUCUGACACCACCUCAGGACAGCAGCGCUCCCCAGCUCGUUGUUGGCAUCCUGCGAGCCACCCGGAUCCCUGGGCUGCACUACAUGUGUACCCGGCCACAGUCCCGUCUGCGCCGCCUGCUCUGGAGCCUGGCCUUCCUGGCCUCUGCCGGGCUGCUGGCCACCAGCACCACCGACCGCCUGCACCACCUGCUCUCACGCCCUGUGCACACCCGUGCACGCCUCGCCUGGGCACCCCAGCUCCGCUUCCCGGCUGUCACCCUCUGCAACCCCAACCGGGCACGCUUCCUGCACCUCACCAAGCCCGACCUCUACUCGGUGGGAGAGUGGCUGGGGCUGGCCCAGGAGAACCACUCGCUGGUGCCUGAGAUGCUGGCCGUGCUGGGGGAGGACCAGCGUGCCUGGCUGACACGUCUGGCCAACUACUCACGCUUCUUGCCGCCCCGCCACUCUGAGCGCACCAUGCAGAGCUUCUUUCACCGGCUGGGCCACCAGAUCGAGGACAUGCUGGUGGAGUGUCGCUUUCAGGGAGAGCGCUGUGGCCCCCAGCACUUCACUCCUGUCUACACACGCUAUGGUAAGUGCUACACCUUCAAUGGGGAUCGGAGGAAUCCACGUGUGACCCGUCAAGGUGGCAUGGGCAACGGGCUGGAGAUCAUGCUGGACAUCCAGCAAGAGGAGUACCUGCCCAUCUGGAGAGAGACCAAUGAGACAUCAUUUGAAGCUGGCAUCCGGGUCCAGAUCCACAGCCAGGAUGAGCCACCCUAUAUCCAUCAGCUGGGCUUUGGUGUCUCGCCUGGCUUCCAGACCUUUGUGUCCUGCCAGGAGCAGCGGCUCACCUAUCUGCCACAGCCAUGGGGCAACUGCCGGGCCAGCAUGCAGGGGGAGCAGCUGCUGCCUGGCUAUGACACCUACAGCAUUGCUGCCUGCCGCCUCCAGUGUGAGAAGGAGGCUGUGGUGCAGAGCUGCCACUGCCGAAUGGUCCAUAUGCCAGGCAAUGAGUCCAUCUGCUCCCCUAAUGUGUACAUCGAGUGUGCUGACCACACGCUGGAUGCAGCAGUGGAGGACAGCCAGGAGCGCUGCAGCUGCCCCACACCAUGCAACCUGACACGCUAUGGCAAGGAGAUCUCCAUGGUCCGCAUCCCCAACAAGGGCUCAGCGCGCUACCUCGCCCGCAAGUACAACAAGAAUGAGACCUACAUUCGGGAGAACUUCCUGGUGCUGGACAUCUUCUUUGAGGCACUCAACUAUGAAGCCAUUGAGCAGAAGAAAGCCUAUGACCUUGCUGGGCUUCUCGGGGACAUCGGGGGGCAGAUGGGCCUGUUCAUCGGUGCCAGCAUCCUCACCAUCUUGGAGAUCCUGGACUACAUCUAUGAGGUGAUCCGAGAUAAGGUGAGCCGGGUCCUGCGCCGCUCCAAGCCACCUCUGAAGAAGCCCUCGGGCAGCAUCGCCACACUGGGAUUGGAGGAGAUGAAGGACCAGAGCCCCUGUGAGACACUGGGUCGGCACGUGGAGGGCGCCUACAACGCGGGCAUCCUGCCCAACCACCACCACCGCCACCACUACCCUCACCAGGGAGUCUUCGAGGACUUCGCCUGCUAGGCAAGAUUGGGACUGGGGGGCAGCCCCCUGUCACCCCCCUCCCCAGCGUUCUCAUGGAGAGGGACCACGGCACUGGGUGAGGUGGGCACAGGCCCUGCCUCCCCCACCCCACUGCCAGGACCAGCCACACCCAGUGAUGCCACUGGAGCUGCCUCAGCACCGGCACUGGAGCAGCCCCCCGGCCCUUUUGCCUAUCCCCUCUGCUUGCCCCUAGCACGUGGGCUCAGCCCAGUUUCAAGCACACAGCGUGGAGGGGCAUGGGCAUGCCAGGGGGUUUGGGGGAGCAGCAGGUGUGGGCCAGAGAGGCCCUGGUGCUGCAGAACAUGAAGGGGGUAAGCUGAGGUUCCUGUGAGCCCCUCCAACCCUCCCCUGCUGACCCCUCCUGGGUGGUGGUCUCUGCCCUGCAUGGUUUUCCCCAGGAGAGAGACAUGCCUGGAACAGCUUCCCUCUGCCCGGGAACCACCUCUCCCCCUUCCUGUUGCAGGGCAGGGCAGCGUUGCAGGGCACCCCUCUGAGCAACAUGGCCCCCGUGGCCAGCCCAGGGACACCCCAACUGCAGCCACACCUGCAUGGCACCACCUUGACCCCUGGCACCACCACCACCACUGUGACACACCCCUGAACAUCUGCCUACCCUUGCCCAACCUCACGCAGUCUCUCAGGGCUGCAGCCCCUCCAUCACUGUUCCCAGCCAGACCCCUGCACUGUGACUCCCCCUGCCACUCCAGUGUUGGCCCCCAAUAAUCCCCAGUCAUUUCAGCACUGCAAACCUACUGCCUCCCCUUGUCUCCUGCCCCAAUCUGUUGUGAACCCAUCCUCUCCUUGCCCAGGUAUUGCCCAGAGUGGCUUAUCCCCUGGUGUAGCUGCCUGGCACAGCCCAGGCAGCACGGUAGGUCCUGCCCUCACUCCCCUGCCUGUUGCUGCUCUUUUGCACCGUGCACGUACCCCUUGCCAUGCUCCCAGCCCCAGGUGCUGAGCACCCGUUGUGCCUCCCCCAGACUGUACAUGGUUAGGAGGGUGCUCUGUGCCCAGCACCACCCGGACAGCCACAGUCCAACCCGCUGGCCGGAGCAUUGGCCAAAACUGGCAUCCACAGUCCUCCUGCCUGCCCUGAGAUGGCGGGACCCAUGGCAGGACGCAUGGCAGGACCCGCAGCACUCCCCCUGUCCUGUUGUACAUUGCCUCCACCCCCUCCACUGUAGCAGCAGACACCAGCGCAGGGCAAACUGCCCCAAAAUAUCUCAGGAGGGGGGGCGAGCUGGCAAAGCCCCCCUCAACACACACACUUGGCAGAGGGGGACCCCAGGGCAGGAAUUUGGGACCUCUGGGGAAGGCUGGGGUUGAGCCAGGCAGCCUCUGGCCCUGCUGGUUUGGUCCCCAUCCCUGGUGCCCACAGUUGGAACGUGGCCAUGCUGUGCCGUGCCCAAAGCCAUAGAUGCAGGAGGAGCCAUCAUCCUUGCAGCCCACACAUGGGAGGCGCAGGGCAGGGACCAGGGCACCAGCAGCCCUGGCUCUGGGUAUGCAUGGUCCAACAGCUCCCUUGAAGUAUGCACCCAUGUGUAAGCAUGUUCCCUGUGGGUGCAAACACCCAGCUGCGUGGUGCCCCAUGUUCCCCUGCGUGGGGGGAUAUACAGUGAGCCUCCCAGGAGGCCAGCCACCCCGCUUCUCCCCAGGGAGCCCUCCAGAGCACCCCGUGUUGGCUCCCCAUGGGGUUCCCAUAAGCCAACCUGCAAGCAGGAGGGUCCCCAGAGGGGUGCCACGUUAUCCCAGGAACGUGCCAUGGCCAUGCCAGCCAGCCUUACACCAAGGUCCCCUGCGGCAAGUGGGGGGUGCAGGAUGUGUCCCCUUCCUGCCAGGCAGAGCAGCAGGCCUGAGCGGGGUGGGCAUGGGCACCAUGGUGGGAGGGCCAGCACAAGCCAUCCUCGUGCUGGUGUGAAUGUGAGAGAUGUGCGUCACUGUUUUAUAAAUGUACAAAUGCUCCCUAAUAAAGAGGCACAAGUAGGUCCA